AUGAGCCUCAGAGAAAACUUCUCGGAAGCCGGCGGGAUUGUUAAGUUGGCCUUUGUUGUGGUGAUCACUUCAUUAUGUUGUAGCUGGCUGGCUUUUACCACCACCUCCUGGCUUGUGGUGAAACAGACACACUACGGGCUUUGGAGGGUCUGCGCUGAGACAGUUAGUGGCUGCAGCCAUAUUGAUGGCACCGCUAACGUGGAGUAUGGCGUCACCCAGGCAUUUGCAAUUAUUGGCUUCAUGUGUCAAAACCUGGCUUUCUUCCUCAUCGUUCGCUUCAUCUUUAAAGAGAACUGCAGGGGAAACACUGACAUCGGCAUGGGAUCAGCAGCUCUCUUGAUUGUUUCUGCAAUCGGCUGGCUCAUAGCCGUCGCUGUCUUUGGAGACGAAUUCGACGCCACCGGAGCCAAGCUGCACUACUCUUAUGGACUUGCAGUGGUUGCCUCCGGCCUGGGGCUUAUCGGGGGUGUCCUGAUGAUCAUCGGCGGGAGUAACGGAUCCGUGGGCUCCAAAUAA